AUGCAGAAGAUACUGGAGCAGCUAAACCCUGCAGUUGUCGUCUGCGACCAAAUGCCGCUUAGGCGUGCUGCUGCACUGGUGCAGCAGCUGCAGCAAAUAUGCAUAGAGAAGAUUUGCUGUCCUCUCUUUCAAGUAGACGCGCAUAAUAUUGUUCCUGUUUGGCUGUCUUCAAAUAAACAAGAAUACUCUGCGCGCACAUUUCGUCCUCGGGUUUUUUCUUUUUUAAAUGAAUUUGCAUGCGACUUCCCAGCAGUGCAGCGCCACCCCUACAAGAGCAGCAGCAGCAGCAGCAGCAGCAGCAGCAGCAGUUUAGAAAGAAGCGGUGGCAACGUGUUGCAGCAGCAGCAACGGCAGCAGCUGCUGCUGGAGCAGCAGCAAAAGGAGCUGCAGCAGCAGCAAGAGAAGCUGCAGAAGCAGAAACAACAGCUGCAGCAACGGGACAGUAAGAAGCAGGCGGAGCUGCUGCAGCAGGAGCAGCAGCUGCAGGAGGAACAGGCAAAGCUCAUGCAGCAGCAGCAACAGCUGCAGCAAGAACAGGAGGAGCUGCUGCAGCAACUGCAGCAGCAGCUGGGAGCGGAUGAGUCGGUGCAGCUUCCCUCAAGCUGGAUCCCUGGUGCUGCUGCUGCUGCUGCAGCUUUAAAAGAGUUUUGUUCUCCUCAGCGUCUAUCUGCUUAUGCAUCACGCAACAAUCCGCUUCUAAAUGCACAAAGUAAUUUGUCUCCUUGGCUGCAUUUUGGUCAUAUAGCAGCACAAAGAUGUCUGCUGUCUGUGCAGCAGCUGGGAUCAGCAGCAAAGAUAGGAGCAGCAGCAGCAGCAGGUAGAACAGCAUUUAUUGAGGAAUUAGUUGUACGACGCGAGCUUGCAGAGAAUUUUGUAUUUUAUAAUCCUGAAUUAUAUGAUAAAGUAGAAGGAGCACCUGCAUGGGCUCAGCAUACACUGGAGGAGCAUAGUAAAGAUAAGCGUGAAUAUAUAUAUUCUUUGAAAGAAUUAAAAGAAGCAAAGACACAUGAUGCUCUCUGGAAUACAGCUCAAUUACAACUCGUUAAUGAAGCUAAAAUGAACGGGUUCUUACGCAUGUACUGGGUAAAGAAAAUCUUAGAGUGGCAGCUGUCUGCAGAGACAGCUCUAAAGUAUUCAAUUUAUUUUAAUGAUAAAUUCUCAUUAGACGGAACAGACCCUAAUGGAUAUGUCGGCUGUCUCUGGGGUUUAGCUGGUCUUCAUGAUACGGCUUGGAAGGAGAGAGAAAUAUUCGGCAAGAUAAGAUAUAUGAAUUUACUCGGGUGUAUGCGCAAGUUUGCUGUAAACGAAUUUGUGCAACGCUAUACAAAUAAUAAAAGAAAAACAAACAUUAAAGAUAAAUUCAAUAAAUAA